AUCUGGUUAUAUAUAUUGUGUGACAGAGAGGGGAAUAGCCUAGUCACUUAACUCAAUUCAAUUUCUCAUAUACACAAAUGGUUUUUAUGGUGUGAGUGUGUGUGUGCGGGAGUCGAUUAACUUGGCAUGUUUGCUUCUCGAAUGAGGCAAAUCGUUUCAGUUGUAAAUUGACGUUUGAGUUAGUUAGUGUUUUUUGUAACAUUAUAAACACAUUAUUUCGGGGCCAUUCAAGGUGCAUAUACAGGCGCUUACGGUAGCUGUAUGGGAGCAAUUUAUCAUACCCAUCCUUGUGAAAGUUGGUGCAUAUUGUGCGCGCGCGCAAAUUUUCAAAACGGAACAACAACAACAAUUAGUGAAAUCGUGCUGACUGCUUAAGAGAGACCACCCUGAGAGUGACGAAUCUCUGCCUCAAAACACAUCAUUUGAGAUAAAUAUCCCAAAAUCUCCGCACAACUGAAUUUCUAAUUUCAAUCAAAUCAACAAUUGAACCGUCUAUCCUUCCGGUUCUUUGGUCCUUCGACUCCUCCGGCUCAAACCCGUACGCUCACGAAUUGCCACAGAGGGUCAACCGGGAAGUGUCGAGUUUCCAAAUGCUAAUGGCUAUAAGGAUUUAUGUGGGGAGGUAUAGAUCAGAAGGGGGAUCCAUAGAGGAUCACAUAAGAAUGUUGUGAAAAGUGAAUUUUAUUUUUAGUUUUGUGACAAUUCUCGAAACAUUGAGUAUCACAAAUCACAAAAAUUUGAACACAAGUUAGAGAAUAUUUGGUGCCUGAUGUUUUUCUGUGAGGAAACACUUAAACGAUUGCCGUCGGGAGAUACAUCAUAUGGAUAAUUUGUCACAUCACCACCAAAGAGGCGAACGUUAAUUGUGUGGCAUUUUGUGUGAAGUCAAGUGAAACUUUUUUAUAUAUGCCAUCCAACCAGAAUAUUUACUGGAUAGAAUAGCCCGAAAAUAGAGAGUUGAAUGGUGAUCGGACUAUUCCUAUUCAAUUCAGUGUGUCGUCCUCAAUUUUCCUAAUUGAUUGGAUCAAUAGCCGGAUAGGACAUAGAGAGAGAGAGAGUGAAUAUAGAAAAAAAAACCACCCCAGUUCUGCCCUCUCGAUAUUAUCAGUGGACGUGUAUAUAGAAUUAAUGGUGGAAACAUUUACAUCGGCAUGUAAAGUGUUUUAUCCAGUGCUUUUUGUCUGCUCAAACGGGAGCUUGAGAGAGGACCCCGUGGAAUGGGCGAUGCGUGAUAAUGGAUUUAUAACAAUGGCGUUCAUUCAGUUUGCUGUUGACGGCAAUUAAGGAUUCCACGCUAUCAAGGAAGCGAUAAUGCCUGAGAUCGAGAAGGAGAACAUACUUGAUCCUGAAAGUGGUUCCCACACUCCAAUCUCCGGAGGUGGGACGUACAUCCCAUCGCCAACGUCUGUGACUCCGGCCUCUGACUCGUACACUCCGCGAACUGAUGCCACCAAUUUGGCGGCGGGAAAUGUAAUUGAGACAAAUGAGCCAACAGACGUCUACAGUGUCGAUACACUUUCUGACCGAGGCAUCUUGACCAGUACCCUGCGCGAUCAGAGGGAGUGUAUUGCCCUGGAAUGUACCAAUAAUUCACAGGACAGUGCAGAAGUUAAGGAGCUAACCAGGCCCUUCACUGCACCUCCUGAUGUUGGGGACAAAUGUCAGCUGAGGACAAAUUCCGCUCCCCUGGGCUCUUUUGGUGACAUAUCAGACACCGAGGAGUCCCUAUCCAAUGCCUCGAAUAAUCCAUGUAAAUCCCGGGAUAGUGCAUCAGAUGUGAAUGAACCUAUUGAGAACAAUUGCAAUAGCUUACUAGAGCCAGAUAGUGUUAAAAUGUGCAGAGAUUCAGUGUCAAAUUGUGAUGUGAGACCCAAGUCCAAUAGUGUGUCAGUGAUGCUGGACACACCACCAACUGCUUUUACGUGUUCGGCGGAAGAUAAAUUUCCAACCAUGCCAAACAUUCACACGUGGCAUGCACAUGUUUACGCCAAACCGCCUAAAACCCCAACACCUCAUUCCAUCGGAGACAUCCUGGGCUGGAAGAGUCCCAAGAGACCUCAUCAACCUCGAUCGCACAUGAAUAAAUCUCCUCCAAUCUAUUCACAACCUCCCGACCAACAGCGAUCCCUCCAACAACUCCUCCAUCCGACCAUCAAGUCUCCGAAUCUCGAUGAAAGUCAAACAUAUCCCGGAUCGACCGGAACUCCCUUCAAUCACAGCUUUAUCUCCCGAAGUGAAUCAAUAAGUGAGAUAAGUGAAGAUGAUAGUGGAAUCAGUGAUCAACCGCUCAAUUUGAGCAUCAGCAAAUCCCGAGACUCCUCACCAGCCGCAAUAGCCGAUGUUAAGCACACGCCGAAGCCAAAAAGAGAUUCAUCAUCGAAGUCCUACAAAAGAAAAAAGUCAACAGAGUCAAGUGAUCAAUUUUCUAACAAUGUACUACCUGUGCUAUCGAAUGACGUGGCUAAAGAUCCUGCGACACAGAACAACUUGAACCAGGAAAUUGGGGAGGAUUCGUGUGAGGAGUCAUCCCAAGAUUCUCGAAGGAAGAAGAAAGCUCGCACAACUUUUACUGGAAGACAAAUUUUCGAACUAGAAAAACAAUUUGAACUGAAGAAAUACCUAAGUUCCAGCGAGAGAGCAGAGAUGGCGAAAUUAUUAAAUGUAACAGAAACACAGGUAAAAAUAUGGUUCCAGAACCGACGAACCAAGUGGAAAAAGCAGGAUAACAUUUCAAAUUCCGAGGCGGCUGAGCACAAAAAUACCCCAGCAAAGUCUGGAGACUCCAGAGUUAUGAACAUCGACAGUCCACCGCCAAGUUCAGCCUCUCCGAGUCCCAUUGCAACCAAGAGGCAUCAUACAUCCUCCCCAAAGGCCGUGACAGUGGCAGCAGAGCUAAAUGCCAAGAUCACAGCCAAGCACAAUAGUUCGAAAGUUCGUCAGAAUCACCUGAAGUUCGCACUCACGCCCAAAGAGGACAAAGUCCCGUCGAUUGAUCUGGACAUUGUUCCUAGUGAUCCGAAAAAGCUCCAUUCGGCUUCGGGACGUAUGGCCAGUAUCCUGGCUGAUCACGAUGUCGAGGCUCGUCUGGCUGCAUCGAAGAUCUCGGUAUUCAAGCCUGGAGCUGCGGUACCCAUUGUCUCCGUGGGAAUGACUAGACUACCGCAGCAACAGAGACCGUGAAGGAGGCUGAUGACCUCAAUUUGACCUUGAGUAGUCCUUUGCUAGGGCUUACUCGAGAAUUUCAGUAUACGAAUUUAAUUUAUUAGAAUGUAGAGAAGUAGAUUUAGUCUGGAAGACAGUGACUUGAUCCACGUGUUCUAAAGGAGAUGAAGAAAUGAGCCAAGUGACUAUCUCAGUGUUAAAUUAGAAAGCGUAUUAAGUAAUAAUUUGAUUUUAACAUGAAAGUGUGCAAUGCAACGAAUACUGGAAGUUGAGAAACCUAAAACUUGGAUAUGGCCAAAAUUUUGAAAUCAAUUUGUAUGUUGAUAUUUUGAACAAAAAAAAAGUUAUAAUGCGAAAAUAGCGUUCUAAAUCUAUUUGAAAAAAAGAUUUUUGUUUCUUAGAAAAUAAUGUAAUCACAAAUUUAUGGAAAAUUCUAAGAAGAUGAAUUAUUUUUCUAUCAAAAAAAAAAGAAGAAAAGCGAACAAUGAGGUAAAAUUCGAAUAAAGGCAAAUUAGAAUUAAUGUAAAUAAAUAAAUAGAAUCUCAGAAAGAAAAACCUGAAAAUGAAAAGUCCUAAAUAUAGUCAAGCAUCCUGUGAACUUAUUUGCCAUAAUCAAGUCUCAAAUAUUUUAUUCACAAUUUAAAACUGUAAACAGAUUGAAGUAAAAGAAGAAGAAUCAAGUGUGAAUGUUAAUUUAAAUUAGAUAAAAUCCAGAAAUGAUGCUGAAGCUCUCUUAGUACUUAUAUGAAGCACUGUUCAUGUAGACGAUUGGAAAAAUUUGUGCCAAAUUUUGCAGAAGAUGAGCAAGAGAAUUUACUAUCAAAUAAAAUAAAAAUUGCAUCUCUAUAAA